AUGGUUGGGAAUAACGGUACUAUGAUGGCGAUUCGCAUCGUCCACAGUAAGCUGCGCAAGAGGGAAGAGCACUCGGCUUCAGUACACCCAGCUGAAGCUGUGCUCCAGGCCUCUGCGCCGCACCCGCCGCCCGAGCCUCUUGCCUUCCGCCAGCAGCCUCUGUGGCAGUUCCCACCACCGCUGCCUCCGUCUUACGUCUAUCCCCAUGAUCAGGACAACUUGAUGCAGCCGAUCGGUAAUGAGCGAGCGAGUUUCCGCAGUCUACGUAAGAAUAUUGGCGGUCGUUGGAAGAGAUUAGUAAAGAAGAAGCCCGAACAAGAGGUCUACACUAUUCCACCUGAGCUCAAACCUCAACUGAAGCAAAUAUACGUUUAUUAA